CUUUUUGUUUACGUCUAUGGUUCGAUCGUUGUAGUUCGCACGUUUCUUUAGAGAGACCGCCACAGAGCGUGAAUUGUGUCGGGAAAUGCCUAGAUGUCGCUGUCUUAACCUGUCUUAACCUAGUAACAUCAACUCGCAAAACAAAUGGGCUGCCGAUGCAGCUCUAUAUUAAUCGAUAUUAAUAUAAAUAUUAGCGUGCCAAAUACAGUGAAAAUACACGUUAGAGAAGUUAUUAACAUAUUCAAAAAGGAACAACUAUGUCGGAGCCUAUUUUAGCAGAAGACAGCACAAUUAUGAAAUUAGUGCCAUCAUUGGAAGGAAUAUUGAAAGAUUUAGAUGAAAACGCUAAGGCUCACGAUUAUCUCGUUGCUUUAGUGAUUGUAUUUUUAUCGGAAUCUGGUUUUUACGUGUCUUCGUCGGAUAAAGAUCAUUCGCAGAAUUUACGUCUGUGGCCUCUUCAUAUACCAAAAGAUUGGAAAUCAAAGGAGAGGGGAAUCUAUGAAAUAUGUUUUCAAUUAGGAGUUUUCUCUGAAGUAAAAUGCAAACUGGUUGCAAUUCCAUCUCAGGAUACAAUUAUUCUCAACUUUUUUCCUCUUACAAAUGAGAAACAAACUUAUUGUAUGUGCAUACAGACCCUAAUGUAUGUUAAUCCUUUCUCAAGCGAUCUUUCCGGACGGUAUAGAAACCUAAAAGCGAUAUCUCAUAGGUUCAAAGAUGUCAUAGCCACUCCGAUGCGUUCAGACUUGUUAAUCAGAGCAAAUUUGAUGGGUCCUAGUCUUUUGUGUCUCCCAAUGGAGUGCAAGCUCAAAAUUUUAACCAUGUUAGAUGUACACAGCAUAUCCCAAAUGGCACUGUGUUGCUCUGAAUUUCAUCGGCUUUCUUAUGAACCUGUAUUAUGGCAGAAAUUACUACAGAGAGAUUACCCACAAACACGCUGCGAAUCGAUCAACAAUUGUAAACACAUUUAUCAAGAAUGUUAUAGAAAUCAACAAAGUCUGUUAUCAUCUAUAAACAGGCAUUACCCGCACCCAUUUUUUUUUAGGUAUUGACACAUGAAUUAUACUUCAAUUAUGAUGCAUAAAUAUCAGUGUUUACUUUAAACCACUA